AUGGGUAUCGCUCGUAAGACAACUGCCUUGAAGCCAGUUAAACUGACGAAGAUGCUGCGAAAUCUUUCGCUACGCGAAGGAGAACAGCUCCAGAUUGAAAGAGAUGUUUUCGAUGAAGACGGCCUCGUGUUUCUUGAGCUCGCAACCGCCACAACCGACGAUUACACUCGUGGACUAGCGAGCUGUAUUACGAAAGAUGGCGUUGAUAAAUUCUUCCUCGAGGAUGACUACGGCGGCCCUCAUGUUGCUGCACACUCUUCUGCCACAAACGUCGACACUAAUCGUCCCGCCGCCGCUUCAUCUCCGACUAAUGCAGCCCUUGACGCUCUUAUCGCCUCUUCUGACCCCGACCUUUUUUGUCAAAUCGAUCCGGACACCAACACGAAUGACGUCUUUACUCUGCCAAAUGCCAGCUUUAUCAACACGCUCCCUGAAGUUCCUGCAAUUCGUCGAUCUCAACGCGUCCGAAAAUCCACCAGAAAACCCGAUUUUGCUUAUUAUUGA